CACAUUCUUGAUGCUUGAGAGUUCUGUAAAGAUUGUUUGUCUGAAGCAACAAUGGAGGAGAAGAAACUGAAUUUAGAUUCUCCGUUUCUAUCCGUGAGGCGAAUCCCAACGAAACUAGAGAACCCAAGCGACUCAGAGAACACAAAGAAGAAGCAGACGACGACCAGGAGGAAAAAAGUCAAAGAUUCAUGUCAAGAAACUGAGCAGGAAACUCGGGUCCGAUUAUUACGAGAUGACAGGAGCUUCGAUCAUGUAAUAGAACCAUCUCUAGUUCCAUUUCUGUGGGAACAAACACCUGGAAAACCAAAGGAUCAUCAUGCAAUGAUCGAAGAAUUAGACGUAAUCAAAGCUUUGGAGAUGGUUUCUUCAACCGCAAGCUUUUCUGUUAAUUGUAGUACAAACGGGGUAAGUGAUGAGUUGGAGAAGAAUGGAGAUAGGUCAAGCAAUGUAUCAAAAGAUGACGUCAUUCUUGAAUAUCGUGACCACAUCAUGGCGAGAUUUUUACCAGCCGCGAAAGCAAUUGCCUUAAAACAGAAGAAAGGAACUUCUCGAGACCAAGAAGCGAAGAUGAUGAAGAAGAAGGAAAAGAAUCGGAUCAUUGCUCUACAGAGAGUCUCCAUGGCCAUCAAUCAAGAUCUAAACAAUGAUUAUUAUGAUCAUAACCAUGUUGAUGAAGCAGUCCAUGCAAGUGAUUCCAAGAAAGCUAUGUUUGGGUUCUUGCCAAGCUUCUGUUCCAAGAACUCACUGGAUGUUCUUAAUCCGAUUCUUUCUCGGGUCAAGACUUGUCAGAAUCUUGCGGUAAAACCUAGCAAAAUCAUAAACCCUAAAACUCAAGAUUAUGUUUAUAAAACUAAAUCAAAAUCAUCACCAAUAAUCUUGAGAUCAAACAAGGUUACGAGUAAGCCUCAAGAACUUUAUCCGAUACCAAGAUUUUCAGCAAAGGUUUCAACAAGAAAUUCUACAAGGUUGCAAAGAACAUCGAGUAAUCGGAUUAAGAGACAAGAUACGAGGGUUAUUGCAGAGGGGGUAAAGAGAAUGAGGAACAAAAACAAAAACACAGGUCAGAGAAUAUCUCUGUUUCUCAACCUCCGUUGCCUAAAACUCCUUCAGAGUCGUGGCUUUGCCGGACACUUCCUAGAAGCUUGGCCGUCAGCAUCAUCGUUCCAGGUCAAUUACCCGUUGUUCACUACGGUCAAGAAACAGGUUUGAGGAAGAUGGAUCAAAAGUCUACAAAAUGGGAGACGAUUGUUAAAACAUCGUAUAAACACCAUGACAAUGUACGCUACUCAGAGGAGCUUACUGUUGUUCAUCCCUCUCGCCAACACAAACUAUGAACCGGAAUCAUUUAUUCCGGUACAGUAAAAUUUAAUGAUAUAUAAUCAAUGUUAUAAUUACGAUUGUGGUAUGUGUGUUAAAAAAGAAAAACAAUCUCUACAACUGGUAAUAAUGUCGGAUCAAUCCAAACUCCGUGUCGGACCGGAUUGGGAUUAGGUCGGAAACAUAUAGCCACAUUUGCCAUCACUAUCAACAUUAUUAUUAUCACUAUCCUCUAUCACAGUAUGUAAGAAUGUGAAUUGAU